GUCGCGUUCAAAAGCAAAUGGCAAACGCGGACGGUAAGUAUUCAACGAACAACCCCCCUCACCUUCAAACCGUUCCCCAGACUGACCACCACAGGCUUCGAUCGCAACCGCAAAUACGCAGAAAUCAUAUUCGGGGCACUUGAAGGCCGUGCCAACGGCGAAAUCACGCUCCCGUACUAUUUCCAUGACCACGUCAACGAAAUAUUAAUCGCGCUGCUAACCCACCUCGAGCCCAUCAUGACCCUCAGCCCGAAAGUCAAGUCCAACUCCACCAGACACUAUAAAGCCAUAGGCCGAGACCUCUACAACAUCAUAGUGAAAGCCGGCAUCAUCAGCCUCAUCAUGCGCUGCGACCCCCACACCAUCUACCACUUCCCGCACAGCUUCAAAGAAACCGUCUUCGACGGCAGGACGAUGGAGGUCGUCAACUUCGAGGACAUGCAGGCCGAGGACCCGCGAAGCCGUAAGUCGUGGCCACAGGGCUACACUAAGGACGACAAGGACACCGCGCGGAACUACAGCCCCCUGACCCAGAUCAUCCUCAUGGACGGCAUCGAGGCGUACCGCCGCGGCGGGUGGGAGACCGCUGAUUCAACCCGCUGGUCGCCCGAGUAUGCCCAGGGAACGGAGAAUGAGGGCUUCAGGGUCCGCAGGAUCGUGCCUGCGUGGACGUAUCUCAGGUGGGGAAAGCCUAGGAGGUUCGAGAGGGGAGUGGAGAUUGCGAAUGAGAAGAUCCAUGGGAAGGAUUGGAACGGGGGGUUUGUGGAGUUCCAGGAUGUGGAGGGAGUGCCGAAACCGAGACCAGUCGUUGAGAAUGACGGAGACUCCUCCUAAGGGUUGUAUGGCUUCACCAAUGGUUUGAUAUAGAUUUCCUUGUUCUUUCUCUACACUCUUGGAUGGAAACUAUACUUAUUGUCUGAACUUUUACUCUGCUCUUAAGUGGUCAUUUAGUAUAGUAUUCCCAAAUGAUACAAUAUUUCCUAAAUGUAGAUUGUCAGGACUUAUUUCAUGUAAAACCAUG